AUGUCGACCGCAGCCGCGAGUACGGAGUCUGACCCCAGACCCGUCUUCUUCUUUGAUAUUGACAAUUGUCUUUACUCCCGAGAUCGCAACAUCUUCGGCCACAUGCAAGAGCUCAUAAACAAAUUCUUCACCACCCACCUCUCCCUCAGCACCGAAGAUGCCCACGUCCUGCACUUGAAAUACUAUAAGGAGUACGGUCUUGCCAUUGAGGGCCUCACGCGCCACCACAAGAUUGACCCCCUCGAAUUCAACCGCAAAGUCGACGAUGCCUUGCCGCUGGAUGACGUUCUGGAACCGGAUCUCAAGCUGCGAAAGCUGCUCGAGGAUAUUGACAAGGACAAAGUGCGGCUAUGGCUCCUCACGAACGCAUAUGUCACCCAUGCGAAGCGGGUCGUCAAACUCUUGCAAGUCGGGGAUCUCUUCGAAGGUAUCACGUAUUGCGACUACUCUCAGACGCCCUUGAUCUGCAAACCGAGCCAGGAAAUGUAUGAGAAGGCAGAGAGGGAGGCCAAGGUCCCAAGUAACGCCAAGCGCUAUUUCGUUGACGAUUCCGCUUUGAAUUGCAAGCAUGCCGCGGAACGGGGGUGGGAAACUGCCCACCUGGUCGAGCUCGGAGUCACUUCUCCUUCGACGCCGGCGUCGCAGCACACGAUUCGGAGUCUCGAGGACCUGCGGAUUUGCUUCCCGCAUCUUUUCAAGAGCGGAAGUUCACUCCAAAAUUGA